AUGGUGACAACGCGCCUGGGAAGUCGAAUAGACGCCUCUUCGCCGCAGUCAGCCAACAAACGCCGGCGGUUCAGUAGCGUAGAGGCUGAUGAUCACAUUGUGGUUGAAGUGCCCGUCCACGAGCCGAAGGCUGUCAAAGAACGAGAAAUAUCAGGUGAACUCGUCCCUGGCCACGAGUCGGACGAGGAUGCAGCACCUGAAAUCCUUAGCAGCCGAGAUGCUGCUCGACAAGCUCGAGAGCUGCCCAACCGCUCUCUUCGGCACGCAGGCAAUAAGCGAAGGAGGGAUGCAGAGGGGCACUUGCCUGUUGGGAAGCCAGAAUUAACGCCUUCCAUUCCUGGAGAGUCGAAACCUGAAAAUGCCACCAUGUCAGGCGCAGCGUCUUUGCAACCUGAUGCAAUGCUUACCCAGAACGAAGCGUCGUUGACUGGGAUUCUGCAACCUCUAGCCGAAGAAACCAGGCCGCUGAACACGAUAAAUUCGGAGCACGGGGUAUCAAACGUCGACGCCGCACGAAUUCCAGUCGAAGGAACGGAAAACACUGCCGUCCUGGAUGAUCGGAAGUCUGAGACCGCUCAAUUUUUGCCCAACAUGGCAAAGAAUGCGGGUGGCGACGAAGCUCCCACCCCUGCACCUGAGCUCGCUGCGGAAGGCAAGACGGCCCUUGUUACCAAUGAACCCGAAGACCCCUUGGAUAGUGUCCCCCAGAUGCGGUCUCUCGGAGAAGUAACUCCCAGGGCCGGGGACGAGGUACUGGAGAACACACCAAUGAACGAACCUCAGUCGGCUGUUGAACCCGAUCGAUCUCUCCCUGGCGAUUCGACAACCCAGCUGAGAGUCGAGGCCCUGCUGCAACAUUCAAAAGACAAAGCAGUGUCUCAACCUGCUGGACACAACCCGACACUGUCUAUGCCAGAAGCGGACAUGCAAACCGUUAGGACGACAUCGACGCGAGAAGAUCAAAUCCUUGGAACUCCUCGAAGCAGUAACAGCAGUGUGAUCACCCCCGUGUGGCGGACGCGGGCUUACGACGAGACACCCCUCACAGCAGUCCAGUCUCCGUCACUAGCCCCGGCGGUCAAGGCUACCCAUGCCCGCUCGAACAUCCUUCCUCGCCCCCAAGAUCUCAUCUCUAGGAGACCAAAAUCGACUUCCUUACAACAAUACCGAGACCGGUUGCUGAACCGGCAUCAACGCACGACGAACUGGGGCCCGCCGGGCUCUCGGAAGACGAAGUUUGUUGGUGCCUAA